CUCUUGCCAUCGCCGUCGCGAACACCGUCCCCAAACACCAUUUCCCCAUCCAACUCAUCCCACGUUCAUGGACUAUCGAGAUUGAUCACAACAUCACGCUACUUACUUCCCAUCAAAUUGCUUUAUCCAGACAUGGCAAAAAGAGUGUCCUUUACCGUCCACGGAACUGUCCAAGGAGUUUGCUUCCGCGACUUCACCCGGAAAAAGGCAACUAGCUAUGGUCUGACUGGCUUUGUCAGGAACACAUCCGAUGGCAAGGUCAAAGGCGAAGCCCAGGGAGAAGAAGACUCCUUGAAAAAACUCAAAGGCGACCUCAACGAAGGACCAAGAGCAGCCCAUGUUGUCAAACUUGAAUUCAAAGAGAUUGACUCAAAGGAUGGCGAGUCCUCCUUCAUUGUCUCAUGAGGUUGGGUAUGAGUGGUGGCACAACCUCCCACAAUCCUGAACUGUCCCAUCAUGACAACUCCUCAUACUAGCCAGCUAUUUCCAAUGUUAAAUCACCAUAUUCGAACGCCACCACAUCUAGAUUUGGCGACUUCAGCCUCGGAUCUGCCGCUGUACUCCUGAAGAUCUGUCAGCUUCGGACUCUCAUUCUUGCAUAUGCACGACAUUUUCCGAGGCAUGUGCUCGUUUUCAGAAACCCAUUGCUCGAUCUGGUAUUAAUAUAGCAUGUAUUUCUGGAACGUAUUUGUCGAGAGCCUGUUGACCCCUCAUGGAUACAUCCCAGAGACCAUCGGAUCCCUCGUCUCGGAUGCCUCACAUGGAACCAUUUCCGAUGCAACGUCAAGUAUAUUUCUCCAAAAUCCCACAGUGAUAUGACGAAAACGGAAAUCCUCGCAUUAUCAUUCCCGCGGAACUCCAACAUAACCUGGCGAUCAAGUCCAAAAUAGGUAAAUAGGCUUUUGACAAUGCUUGGUCUUUCCUUGGCAUCCUCUCCACUAUACACAUUCUCCUCCAUCGGCUAUAUGAUUUCCCCAGCUUUAAACAGCAUAUCAUGUCUUGGCCUGGGGAACAAGAUUACUACCAAGACCGAGGCCGCUGGCUUCUCCAACUGCUUGAAUCUUUAUACGGUGACGCAAAGACUAUAUAAGCAACUGCGUUGAGCCCUCGGCACUUGGCCAUGACUGUUGUACCAUCGCCCUCAAAUCACUCUUAACACCAGCCCCCCGAUGCACAGGAUGGCGAAGAAUCAAGAAUUUAAAGACGACUCGGACCAGUUAUCCUUGGAUAAGGCCCCUCAGG